CUUUGACAUUUAAAUUGUAGUUGAAGAAAAUAAUCAAAAUCAGCUGAUUUUAAAAAAAAUUGAUUCCAGAAUUAAUUCAUUAUUCUACUACUAUUUACUUAUUUUUUAUUUAUAGUCAAUCGGUGGCUUUAUGUGAUUUUUAGUACGUGAAUCAGUAUGUGAAGAGAAGAGGGAGUAAAAUACUUGCAUUCUACAACGAAUUUUUGGAAAGAGGAAAAACAAAAUGAACCUCCCAGAAUCUGAUAGUGAAGACGAGUUACCCCCAGGCUGGGAGGAAAGGGUAACAGUAGAUGGUAGUGUUUUUUACGCAAACCAUCUGACAAAGAAUACUCAGUGGACACACCCCAGGACUGGGAAAAAGAAGAGGGUUUCUGGAGAAUUACCAUUUGGCUGGGAACGUUGCAUAGACAAAAAUACAGGCAAGGUGAUUUAUGUUGAUCAUGAAAACCGUAGAACAACAUAUACUGAUCCUAGGUUAGCAUUUGCAGUGGAAGAAAAAGAACAUGUUAAUGAUUAUAGACAGAGAUUUGAUGCUUCAAGCACGGCACUUCAGGUUCUACAUGGUAGAGAUCUAAGUGGCAAAGUUGCCAUUGUAACAGGGGCUAAUGGUGGUAUUGGGUAUGAGAUAACAAGGUCUCUAGCAAGACAUGGUUGCACCGUAGUCUUGGCAUGUAGGAAUUUGGCUUCUGCUGAAGAAGCUAUUAGCCAGAUUAGAGAAGAUAAACCUGCUGCUGGAGAUAACUGUAUUGCAAUCUACUUGGACCUAACAUCUUUGUCUUCAGUUGUGCAAUUUGCUAACACAGUAAAAAGUAAAUAUGACAGGAUUGACAUGUUGAUACUUAAUGCUGGCGUUUUUGGGCUUCCAUUUAGUAAAACCUUGGAUGGCUUUGAGACUACUUUUCAAGUGAACCAUUUAUCCCAUUUUUACUUAACCAUUUUGCUCCGUCCUUUACUGUUCAGCGGAUCUAGAAUGGUUGUGGUCUCUUCAGAAUCACACAGAUUUGCCAACUUGACGCUUGAAAAUCUAACACCACUCACUCUUUCUCCUGAUGCGCCAUCAAAGUAUUGGGACAUGAUGGCAUACAACAAUUCAAAGUUGUGUAAUGUAUUAUUCGCACGAAAAUUUUCGAAAAACCUACAAACUAGUGGCAUAUCAGUGUUUAGUUGUCAUCCAGGGAAUAUGGUUUCCAGCAAACUGGCACGAAACUGGUGGCUGUACAGGUUGCUGUUUGCAUUGGUGAGGCCAUUCACAAAGUCUUUACAGCAGGCUGCAAGCACACCUGUAUACUGUGCAACUGCAUUGGAGUUGACAGGUGUGACUGGGGUGUACUUCAACAACUGUUAUCAGUGUCAAGAAAGUCCAGCGGCCCGUGAUGAUAACCUGGCUAAUGCUUUGUGGGAAAUGAGCAUAGACAUGAUCAAAACUGUGCUAGGCAACAACGCGCCUGGUCUGGAACAUGACAAUAAAAGGAUGUUGGAAGAAUGAGCCCGUUUAGAAACUUGGUAACUGCUCCUUGCGACUCCUCGUCCGUCUCGAACCGUUGACCGCCUAGGUGCUCCGUCAAUUUGGGAGACGCUAUGCCAGUGCUGUAAGAGUAAGGGGCAACGACUUCCCAACCAAAUCGCUCGAUUAAGUCCUUGGUUUCUUGUACGACAUGAGGAUGCGUAUUGUUCCAGUACAGUCUUACGCUUUGGUGUUGUUUCCACUACGACCCAGUUGGGACAGCUUUCAGCGUUACAUAUCUGCUCCGUGACUAGCUCGGUGUUGUUACAAUAUGAGUCGUCGAUGUGCGUAUAACUGUCGUCUAUGCACUUCGCAGUCCGUCUCUGGAUUCCGCCACCGCAUGAUUUUGAACACUGCAACAUAUUUGUUUUGUACUAGUUGAAGAUGUCAGAAUUGUGCAAAAAUUCAAGAGCUUUCUUAUUCUUAUGGAGAAGUGGUUGUACAUAAGUUCAUGAGGCGUAUGAAUCAAUUUAUUAGGAGAUGACCAUCUUCAAAUAAGACAGCACAAAGCGCUAUCUAUUACCAGAAUCGACCACAAACUAAAAAUAAAGAUUUCUAACGACCACAGUGGUGACCCAGCUCGAUUCUGAUGAUAGCUGUCUUUUUGUGCUGUUUUAUUUCGAUAGACCAUAUAUUUAGUAUAUACACUGGAUAGAGGAUCGUUGCUUAGCUUUCGUUUGUGGCUCUACCUGAGACGAAGCCUAGAGCAUGCUGAGGAGUUGCCAAAUAGCAUAAAACAGCGUUUAUAGUUGGCCGUGGGUGGACGGACGAACGAAAGCUAUAUUACUAGUUUAUGAUCAUCUUGAUUCCCUUAAAAGUAGACAUGACGUAAUGGAAUCAAGAAGGUUGAAUGUUUCAAUAUACAAUGAAUUUAAGGAUUGGAAAAACUCUUUGAACUUUUGGCAAACGUAAUCAAUAUAUCAGAUACAAACAAUAAAAAAUAAAUUAUAGAAGUAGGUGCUUUCAUGUUUUUGCAUUAUGAACUACCUCAUUUUAAUGUCAGCUAGUAUUUAUCAGUAUGUCAUGAGAGCCACUGAGCGUCCUAAAUACGAGUAUAUUCUAAUUUGCCUAAAAAGUAUUAAUAUGUGUUCUCUAAUACAUCCAUAGCUAAACUGGAUCGUGAACCAAACAGAAUACAUCAAGGUUAUUCCCAAAUCUUGAAACACAUUCUUCAAAGAAACGAGUUAUGAGAAAAUAUCAAAUUCUUUAAAUAUCUUUGUGUAAAGUAAGAGCCAAAAUCAGACAAAUAUCUUUUGGUGUGCAAGAAGGCUUUUGCACAACAAACUACAUUUUUAUAGUUAUCUAGAAUAAAAAAACCUACAGCUUGAUCGUUCUCCAAAUGCUGCUUUUUAUAUACAAAUUAGAAUACAGUUUGAUAUAAUAAGACUCAACGAACUGUAACUUAUAUGUCUUUAAGUUCCUAAUGAUUGUUUUGCUAUCUUUGCACUCUCUUGCAGAAACUAUCGUUGCGACAGUUUUUUAAGUGUACCGCGGUAUCAAAGGCAAUUGACAUGCAUAAUCCUAAUUGUGCAUACAAACAGUAUAUUAGGUUAGGAUUGGACCAAUUUUAUUUAAAUGGAAUUUAUUACGCUUAAAUGAACAAUGGAUAACAUCCUAUAUAUUUAACGAAGAUCCGUUUUGAAUAAGUACAAUAAAUAGACUGAUCUAAAACGAAAACACCAACAUUUCUAGCUAAGGACCUAGUAGUAAGUUGAUGUUGUGAUUAAAAUGUUGUUCUUUUCUAGAUUUUAUUUUGUGUUGGGUAAUGAUCUAGUCUGCAGCAAUCAAGCAGACUGCAUAUUAAGUUGAAGUUCAAUAGCUGACUACAGUGACUUCAAAUAAAGGGUUUUUGAAUAGGAGCUCUCAAAUUUUGAGACAAAGUUAUAGAAUCAAAGAUGAAUUGAAAAAUUUUCUAUUUCUUGCUUUUUGGUAUUAGCGUGAAGCUGAACAGUAUAUGCCACUCAGGUUUAUUCUUUGGUGAGGAUUUUGAAGAUUUAUACUAUUUUAUCGUCGUUAUGUAAUAUUAGUUAUUUUAACUCGGAUGUUAUACAUAUUAGAAGUCAAACAUUACGCCAAGGAGUUACUGUAUCGGAAAAUUGAAGUAUUAUAUCAUUUGUAAAGAUUAUAAUGUGUAAAAUGCUACAACUGUAAACUGGAAUACCAAGUACCAGAGCCACCAAAUUAGCAUACAUAUUUAAAUAAAACUAUAAUUCGAACAGAAAAAGUGAGUUUCUCUAUGGUCAGUAUUUCAGAUUCAGAACAAACUCUGGUUAUAUAUGUUUACAGCUGUCGCACUUUACAAGGCAUUUCAGUAGUGACAUGUGACUUCCAUAUACUUGUAUCUCAUGUGGUAAAUAAAAACUUGCAAAUGCAGA